UUUUAUCUUGUUCUCUUUCUUUGCUCUUCACGUGAACCAGGAAGAAGGAAGCAAUUAUUUCCUUCCUCUCUUUCCCUCAAUUCAGUCUACAUUCAGCCUUGAGCCCCAAGCAAAUUUUUCUUCUCAUUCACUCUACUUGACUCUACAAAUCAGACACAAUUUCAACUAAAUUCCAACCAAAAACAAAAUCAAAAUUCAAUUUCAAUUGUCUCUGUUUCUUUGAUUCGAACCAUCUCCCACCACCAUCAACCACCACCGUUUACCACCACCACCACCACCUGCUGCCUCCAUCAUUCCCAGCCACCCGCACCCGCACCAAACCGAUCACCGCCUCCGCCUCCGCCCAGAACCAACCGGAAAACACCUCUCCAAUCUCCCAUGUCUUUCCCCUGUUUUGUGCGACCACCAUAACCCCCCUACCCUGACUGUUCCGCCGCCGCGGAACCACACCACCACCAGCGCCUCUCCGACGCGGUACCACGCUGCUGCGUCGCCAAUUACCCCGGUCACAACCUCCCUUGCCUCCCUCACCUUCCGCGCCCUGCCACCCUCCUCACUCGACACCCCCCUGUUCUCUCUCCUAAUUGCGCAACCACCGCGCCUCCGUACUGGCGUUAUCGCCGUCUUCCGCCGCCCAGACCUUCGGUCACCGCCUCCCUUUUUUCCCCCCUCCUCCCCUGUUCCUUCGUGCCCCUGUUCCUUCGUGCCCUGCUCCCCUUGCUGCUCGUGCCCUUCAAUUUCAGAAACUUUGUUUCUGAAAUUGAAACCUCUUUUAUUCCACCUUAUUUAAGUUGGGCCAAUCAAUUGGGCUUUGGAAAUUGGACUCGGAGUUCAGGAAGAACGAUCCAUCGAACAGGAAGUAUAAACUACGGUUGAGGGUAAGGAGUUAGGUGCAAAUCAGGUUCCCGGAUUGACUAAGAAAACUUGGUUUCCUCCAAAAGAUGGAGUGAUGAAGUUAAAUGUGGAUGGAGCUUGGAAGUCAAAUGCAGUGGCAGGAGGUGGAGGAGUCUUCAGAAGGUCAACUGGCUCGUGGUUUGUUGGAUUCUCCAGUAAAUUCACUGUUAGCUCUCCUCUUGCUGCAGAGCUAUAUGCCUUAAGGGAGGGACUAAUUAUUGCUAGAGAUUUCAAGUUUGAGAAGUUGGAGAUAGAAACGGAUGCUUUAAACCUCAAAGUGCUUUUGGGAAAGAUUAAGGAACAAGAUCACCAUGAGCUGGGUCCUGUUUUGAGGGAGGUUGCCAACCUACUCAAUCAGUCUUGGGUGGGAAAUCUCACUCACAUUCCGAAAUUUUGCAACAAAGUGGCUCAUUCUCUAGCUGCUCAUUCUCUCAUCAUGGCAGUAGGAAGCAAACUGCAUUACAUUAUCCCUUCCUGUGCAAAAAGUGAUUAUGAAGCUGAUUUUGAAAACGCAAAUCCAGAAUAUGUUGAAACAAUUAGAAAAAAUGCAAGGGAUGAAGCAAACUCGAUUGUGGGUGCUAAUCCUUCAAUUGAUAAUGCAGAUACAUUGAAUCAGGGGGGGACAUCAGGGGGAGCGGCGCAGCUGGUGUUUGGUUCAAUUGUUACUGAUAUCAAGGAAGCCAGGGACAAUUUGAAAAAUGUUGAUAACAGGAAUCAAGAUAAGGGUAAAGGGACAGCUUUCACUCCUUUUGUUGUUGGUGGUUCAACAAUGGAUACUGCUAUUGAAAUUGUUGAAGUAGAGGAAGGGGAGAUUACCAACAACUGAAGGGUGUAUUUUCGGCAGGAUGAUCAAGCUUUUUGGUGGAAGAUUUUGCAGAUCAUAUGGAGAUUCAUGCUUCCUUUGCUUGAUGCUUCCUUACUACAACUUUGUUUUAUUAUUUUUCGUAAGACUACCAAGGCUAUGGUUUGUUAAGUUUUUAUGCCCCUUUUUGGCAAGUUUUUGGUUCUUUGGGGGUUGCUCC